UCAGGCUGCUCCCAGCGGCGGCGGAGGCGGCGGCGGCGCCUGAGGCGAGAGGCGGGAGUGGAGCGGAGGCCGGGCAAGGCCGCGGACCAUGGACGUCUCGGGCCAGGAGAGCGACUGGCGCAGCGCCUCCUUCCGCCAGAAGCUGGUCAGUCAAAUUGAAGAUGCGAUGAGGAAAGCCGGAGUAGCCCACAGUAAAUCCAGCAAGGACAUGGAGAGCCAUGUAUUCCUGAAGGCCAAAACCCGGGACGAAUAUCUUUCCCUUGUGGCCAGGCUCAUUAUCCAUUUCCGAGACAUUCAUAACAAGAAAUCUCAGGCAUCUGUUAGCGAUCCUAUGAAUGCCCUACAGAACCUCACAGGUGGACCCCCAGCUGGAGCGACUGGAAUUGGGAUGGCGUCUCGGGGCCCAGGCCAAUCCCUGGGCGGGAUAAGUGGGCUCGGAGGAGUGGGCCAGCCAAUGACCCUCUCGGGACAGCCACCGCCUGGCACCUCAGCAAUGCCCCCUCAUGGUAUGUCUCUUGUUUCUGCCACCACUCAGCCGACCCAGCUCCAGCUGCAGCAGGUGGCUCUGCAGCAGCAGCAGCAGCAGCAGCAGCAACAGCAGCAGCAGCAGCAGCAGCAGUUCCAGGCUCAGCAGCAGGUGGCGCUGCAGCAGCAGCAACAACAGCAACAGCAGCAGUUCCAGGCCCAGCAGAAUGCCAUGCAGCAGCAGCAGCAGCAGCAGCAGCAGCAAUUCCAGGUGGCUGUGCAGCAGCAGCAGCUGCAGGUGGCUGUGCAGCAGCAGCAGCAGCAUCUGCUGAAAUUCCACCAUCAGAGCCAGCAGCAGCAGCAGCAGCAGCAGCAGCAGCUGCGCAUCGCCCAGCUGCAGCUCCAGCAGCAGCAGCAGCAGGCCAUGCAGCCCCAGCAGCCGCCCCAGCAGCCGCCACCGCCCUCCCAAGCCAUGCAGCAGCAGCUCCAGCAGCUGCACCACCAUCCGCCGCCGCCGACGCAGGCACCACCGCCCCAACAGCAGCAGCAGCAGGGGGCUCAGAGCCAGCAGCCCCAGCUCCCGCCGCAGGCGCAGCCGCUGGUACCGCAGGCCCAGCCGCUCUCCGGGCAAAUGAUGCUCACCCCGCAGCAGCUCAAAGUGAUGCAGCGCUGCCCGAUGGGGCUGCAGGCAGGCCAGCAGCAGCAGCAGCAGCAGCAGCAGCAGCAGCAGCAGCAGCAGGCAGCUGCAGCGCAGGCAGCCCAGGUCGCUCAGAUGGCUGCCCCAGGUGUGAGCGUCAGCCAGAGCAGCAUGACCAUGAUGUCUUCGCCAUCCCCUGUCCAGCAAGCCCAGACCCCCCAGACAAUGCCGCCUCCCCCACAGCCAUCUCCCCAGCCUGGCCAGCCCUCCUCACAGCCCAACUCAAACGUUAGCUCUGGCCCUGCUCCGUCUCCCAGCAGCUUCCUGCCCAGCCCCUCUCCACAGCCUUCUCAGAGUCCGGCUUCUGCCCGCACUCCACAGACCUUCAGCGUUCCAUCCCCCGGGCCGCUCAACACCCCGGUGAACCCCAGCUCGGUCCUGAGCCCAGCCAGCUCCAGCCAGGCUGAGGAGCAGCAGUACCUGGAAAAGCUGAAGCAGCUGUCCAAAUACAUCGAACCCCUCCGACGCAUGAUCAAUAAAAUCGACAAGAACGAAGAACGGAAGAAGGAUCUCAGUAAGAUGAAGAGCCUGUUGGACAUCCUUACAGACCCAUCCAAGCGGUGUCCCCUGAAAACACUCCAGAAGUGUGAGAUUGCUCUGGAGAAGCUAAAGAACGAUAUGGCUGUGCCCACCCCUCCGCCGCCUCCUGUGCCGCCCACCAAGCAGCAGUACCUGUGCCAGCCCCUCUUGGACGCGGUUCUUGCCAACAUCCGUUCCCCGGUCUUCAACCAUUCCCUGUACCGCACGUUCGUGCCGGCCAUGGAGGCCAUCCACGGCCCUCCCAUCACAGCUCCGGUCAUCUCCCCUCGGAAACGUAAAUAUGAGGAUGAUGAAAAGCAGACCAUCCCCAAUGUGUUACAAGGAGAAGUGGCCCGACUGAAUCCGAAAUUCUUGGUGAACCUGAACCCCUCCCAUUGCAGUAACAACGGCACUGUACAUCUCAUCUGUAAGCUGGAUGACAAGAACCUCCCCAGCGUCCCGCCGCUGGAGCUCAGUGUUCCCGCAGACUACCCGGCCCAGAGCCCUCUGUGGAUAGACAGGCACUGGCAAUACGAAGCCAACCCAUUCCUUCAGUCUGUGCAUCAGUACAUGACUUCCAAGCUGCUUCAGCUCCCCGACAAGCAUUCAGUCACUGCUCUCCUCAACACGUGGGCGCAGAGUAUCCGGCAGGCCUGCCUCUCAGCUGCGUAGCCCUCUCCCCUCCAGCCGGGCCAGACCUCAGCGGGAGGAGCCUCGUGGUGGUGGUGGCCAGGUGGAGCUCACCGGAGAGCCCGGCCAGUAGAUUUAGCCUCCCCCAUCCCCUCCUGCCUUUGUACCACUCGCCUGGCAUCGAGACUCGUUUCUGCAGGCUGUGUAAUUGUUUGUGAACGGCUGUCUUAGGGAGGGACUUGACCGGUCCCCUUGUAGACCCCCGCCCAGGAGUCACUCACUCCCCCAGGGCGACGGCCUCCAUAUUGUCACCUGAUGGUUUCUUCUCAGCCUCCCCGCUGCUGUCCCCCUGCUGAGCCCCGCUGGGGCACCUGGCCCCAACAUCCUCUCUGGCUUCCACAUCCCUGCUUGUUGAGAAAAGGGGGAGCUCAGGGCUGGAUGGCUCUUCUCCCACGCUAGAUUACAGAUCCAUGUGGCUGCAGCAGAGGAAGUUCAGAACAUGGGAAGCUUCCCUUUCUGUUUAAUUCUUUCCUCCUCACGUGGAGGCAGCUAAGAAAGCAGGUUCUGAGAGGUCCUCUGAAUGCAGCCUCCUUCCUUGGCUUGGUAGUCGUGGUCCCAAGGCCCCUUCCCGCUGGGCCAGGGAGCCUCCCACGGCAUCUGGCCUGGACCCCCACCUCCCGUCACACUGGGCUGUCACUAGCCUCCCCCUUUCUUGGGCCCUGUCAUGAGGUCUCUGCUGGUUGUCCUGCAGUCAGAGGCGGCCACCUUCCAAUCCAUCCCCACCUGCCUGCUUAUUUUCUGGAAAGCCAAAUUUGAGUCCACUCAUGACUCUUCAUUGACUCCUGGGGUUGUCACUGGCUUCCCCCGGGAUGUAGUGGCAGAGCUCAGGACCGGGAACGUGAAACAUGGAGAGAUGGGAGCCAGGCUUCUCAACCAAGGAAGAAUCUGCUCCCUUCCCCCAACUGAGCUUUGGGAUCCCAGGCACUGGCUCCUCCCUGAAAGAGUCCCUUCCGGGACCUCCCUCGAGGCUGCCACAUGGGCAGCCCCUGCCAAAGAGUGGGGGUGGGGCCUCAGGCGGGGCAUGCUGACUGAGGGGGAGGGGCAACAUUUUGUACACACACACUUAUAUAUUAUUUGUGGUUCUUUGGAUUAUUAUAAUAAAUUUAUUCCUGUGUUUGA